UCUUCUCGCCACUCAAGAUGAAGAUCUGCUCUCUUGGAGACGCCUGACAGACAGUGAGGGGAGCUGAGGCGAGCACUAAAGCCCUAUUUUUCAAAUCGGUACUUUCUCUCUCUCUCUCUCUCCCUCUCUUUCUUUUUUUUGUCCUCUCUUCUUUUCUUUCAUCCCCUCUCAGUGUUUUUCCCUUCUUCAAAAGCCCAGAGGAGAGGUCUCUCAAGGUCCUACCUGGGUGAGGAGGAAAACAGCGUCGAGAGUCGUCCACUGAAGGGGCCACCACUACCACCACACGGAGACCAUGGGCAACCCGUGCAUCUGCGCCCUGGAGCUGCUGGGCAUGCUGGUGGGCUCCGCGGCCUGGUUCUGCUCCCUGGCCACCAUGCUCCUGCCCCAGUGGCUGACGCUCUCCACCGAGCUGCUGCCCACGGAGAGCUUCGAGCAGGGCCUGUGGGAGACGUGCGUGGUCCAGGAGAUGGGCGGUCUGGAGUGCCGGCCAUAUGACACCAUCCUGGGCCUGCAGCCCGAGAUCCAGAUGGCUCGCAUCCUCAUGUGCCUGUCUCUGAGCACCAGCCUGCUGGGGCUGCUGGUGGCCGUGCCCGGCCUGAGCCAAAUAAAGAGCUGCCAGGGCGAGGAAGGCCACUGUGCCAAGCGAGCGCUGAAGAUCAUCGCCGGGACGUUGUGCGUGGUGUCCGGCGUGGUGGGGCUAGUGCCCGUGUCAGUGGCAGCGCACACGACCGUGGUGAAGUUCUUUGAUGAGCGGGUGCCUGAGGUGAUCCCGCGCUGGGAAUUUGGCGACGCCAUCUUCAUCGGAUGGGUGGCUGGAUUCCUGCAUGUGAUCGCAGGGGUGCUGUUCAUCACGUCCUGCCCAGGAUCGAACCGAGGCCAGGCGAGAUUCACGCAGCACCACCGCAGACAAGAGGUCAGGACUAUCCACAGCUCACCUAGGAAGCAUUCCGAGUAUGUCUAAGCCACUCCAGCUCCGAGCCCAGUGCAUGGGGAGAGGGGUGGAGGGACCCUUCAGCCUGGAUCCAGUAUGAAGUUUUUAUUGAGCUGAAAGACUAAAUACUGGCAAACAUUUUCAGUUUAAAUGAGUUCAGAUCACAGUUGUUAUUUUAAAUCAAAGAAAUUGGAAUAGUUGCUGAUCAUUUCUGCUCAGUAUUCUGAGGACAACACCUUUAUUUUUGGUUGUUAAUGUUUCAACUGGUCUUCUUUGUGUCAGGUAAUAAUUCUUUUUUUAACUCACUCUGCAUGCGCUUCAUUCAGUAAAAUUCAGUCAUUCAUAGACAAAUAUGUAUGUUAUCAUAUUGAGCGGCAGUAUAUACUCAGUAGUUCACGCACCAGCUCAAACAUGUUAUUAUUUCAUUUGCUGUACAAAGAUCCUCAUAUUUUGCUUUUUUUAUUCUUAUGACCUGUGAGUUUAAUAAUGAACUUUUGUUUUCUUAGACUGCCAACAUACUUUUAUUGAAUCUGACGAUAGGAGACUUUCUUGACAUAAUGUUAUACAUUAUACAUAUAAUCUACUGUGUUGCACUGUGUAGCAGUUGAGAAAUUUAAUGAGAUAGAAGAACAUCAGAAUGAAACAUCCAUUGAAGAAAUAUGACUUUAUGAUUACUGUAUGUAUCUCUUAUGUAAAUUAUAAUUAUUGUACAGUUAUUUGGACACAUAGGCCAACUAGAGCUACAGAAACCACACAGACAUUUUACACACUUAAACAAGCACACAAACACACAAACACACACUCACACACACACACACACACACAAACACACAUACAUACACACACACACACACUAAGUGGUGGAAAAAACUACAAUGUGUAGUCGUGGUUUAUAAAGAGUUCACAGCUUAAUUUGAA